AUGUCGGGGUUUCUUAAUUCUUCUGUGAACGGGUCUGCUUCAAAUCUUCCAGAUGGUGCUGGACGGUCUUAUGCCACAUCUUUCUCUAGUCAGUCUGGUGCAGCCUCCCCAAUUUUUCAUCAUACUGGUGCUAUUCAAGGGAUGCAUAAUAUUCAUGGGAGCUUUAAUGUUCCAAACAUGCCUGGUACUCUCCCACCAAGAAACUCCACACUAAAUAAUGUUCCGUCUGGGGGUGUUCAACAACAAGCAGGAAGCCUUUCUAGUGGAAGAUUUGCAUCCAACAAUCUCCCUAUUGCAUUAUCACAGCUAUCUCAUGGAAGUUCCUAUGGACAUUCAGGAGUCACCAAUAGAGGAGGAUUAGGAGUAUCCCCAAUUUCAGGAAAUGUAGAUCCUCGAAUCACCAGUUCUUUGGGAAACAUGGUUGGCGGAGGGAAUAUUGGAAGAACUGGAGGAUUGUCUGUUCCCGGUCUUGGUUCUCGUCUAAACUUGAGUGCAAACAGUGGAUCUGGUGGUUUAGGCAUGCAAGGACAAAAUCGAUUGAUGAAUAGUGUGCUUCCACAAGGAUCUCCGCAGGUGCUUUCAAUGUCAGGAAAUUCUUAUCCUAGUGCUGGAGGUCCGCAUUCCCAAAGCCAUGUUCACGCAGUAAAUAACUUGAACACUAUGAGGAUGUUGAAUGAUGUAAAUUCCAAUGAUAGUUCACCUUUUGACCUCAAUGAUUUCCCUCAACUGACAAGUCGUCCUGGUUCUGCUGGAGGAUCUCAAGGACAGUUGGGUUCCUUGCGGAAUCAGGGUCUUGGUGUCAAUCCUAUCGGUCAACAAAACCAUGAAUUUAGCAUUCAAAAUGAAGAUUUCCCUGCAUUACCAGGAUUCAAAGGUGUUAGCGCUGAUUAUGAUAUGGAUAUGCACCAGAAAGAACAACUUCAUGACAAUGCUAUGCCAAUGAUGCAAUCUCAGCAUUUCUCUCAGAUGGGGAGGUCUGCUGGUUUCAGCUUGGGUGGAACAUAUUCAUCCCAUCGUCCCCAACCGCAACAGCAUAAUCCUUCAGUCAGCAGUGGCAGUGGCUCGUUCUCAUCAGUAAAUAACCAGGAUCUUCUCCAUCAACAUGGAUCAGAUAUUUUUCCGUCUUCUCGUUCUUCCUAUCAGUCACAGACAAAUGGACCUCCUGGCAUUGGAUUAAGGCCUUUAAAUUCUUCGAAUACAGUUUCUGGUAUGGGUUCAUCAUACGACCAACUCAUCCAGCAAUAUCAACAGCAAAAUAAUCAAUCCCAGUUUCGUCUUCAAAUGCCAUCUCUAAAUCAGUCUUUUAGGGACCAGGGCAUGAUGUCUAUACAAGCUGCACAAUCACCAGAUCCAUAUGGUUUGCUUGGCCUGUUAAGUGUAAUAAGGAUGAACGAUCUUGACUUGGCAUCUCUUGCUCUUGGAAUUGAUCUUACUACACUUGGCUUAAAUCUUAACUCAUCAGAAAAUCUUCAUAAGACUUUUAAGUCUCCAUGGGCAGAAGAAUCAGCUAAGGGCGAUCCAGAGUUUAAUGUGCCACAGUGUUAUUAUGCCGAACAACCUCCUGCUCUACACCUGGGUUAUUUUUCAAAGUUUUCAGUGGAAACAUUGUUUUACAUAUUUUACAGUAUGCCCAAAGACAAAGCACAAUUAUGCGCUGCAAUUGAGCUUAACAAAAGAGGUUGGUUUUACCACAAAGAGUAUCGACUGUGGUUUACAAGAGCACCCAACAUGGAGCCGCUGGUGAAAACAAACACAUACGAGAGAGGAACUUAUCACUGUUUCGAUCCAAGUUCAUUUGAAACAGUCCGCAAGGAUAAUGUUGUAAUUCAUUAUGAUAUGCUGGAAAAGAGACCUCAUCUACCUCAGCAUUAA